AUGGUUUAUGUUCGCCAAAUUACUGUUUAUUACCACACACAUUCUAUCUUCCUAUCUAAGCCUGUUCAUUAUCUAUCUAUUUAUCUAAUCUUUUCAUAUCUAUCUAUAUUAUUCUUUUCAGGCUUAUCUAUCUAUCUAUCUAUCUAUCUAUGUUUAUCUAUCUAUCUAUCUAUCUAUCUAUCUAUCUAUGUUAAUCUUUUCAUAUCUAUCUUUAUUAUUCUUUGCGGGCCUAUCUAUCUAUCUAUCUAUCUAUCUAUCUAUCUAUCUAUCUUACUCUUUUUAUAUCAUCUAUAUUAUUAUUUUCAGGUUUAUCUAUCUAUCUAUCUAUCUAUCUAUCUUAAUCUUUGCAUAUCUAUCUAUAUUAUUCUUUUCAGGCGUAUCUAUCUAUCUAUCUAUCUUAAUCUUUUCAUAUCUAUCUAUAUUAUUCUUUUCAAGCCUAUCUAUCUAUCUAUCUUAAUCUUUUCAUAUCUAUAUUAUUCUUUUCAGAUCUAUCUAUCUAUCUAUCUAUCUAUCUAUCUAUCUUAA